AUGCGACGGAUUGGAAAAGCACUUGCGACAAUGGCUUCGGACGUCGUCCGGGAUGGUGUCUUUGCCAUCAACAAGCCUUGCGGCCUCAGCUCAGCCCAGGUUGUGCGAGAAUGCCAACAAGCCUUCAACCCCUCCGCCCUCUUCAAGCCUAUGAUCGAAGCAGAAAUAGCCCGCCGGCUUAAGGAAUCAGGUGGCCAGUUCAUGCGACGCAAGGCCGAGAAGAAGGCAUCACAAGUCAAGAUCGGCCACGGAGGCACGCUGGACCCUUUGGCCACCGGCGUGUUGAUCCUGGGCGUCGGUUCGGCCACGAAGCUGCUGCCCCAGUUCCUCGACUGCACCAAGACGUACGAAACCAUUGUCCUCUUCGGCGCAAGCACCGACACCUACGACCGAGUCGGCCGUGUCUUGUCUAAGCGACCAUAUGACCACAUCACUCGAGAGAUGGUGGAGAAGGAGCUGGAGGGAUUCAAGGGAAAGCAGAUCCAGAUUCCGCCCUUGUACUCGGCGCUCAAGAUGAAUGGCAAGCCGCUCUACGAAUACGCGCGCGAGGGGAAGCCUAUCCCUAGGGAGAUUGAGGGAAGAGAGGUGGAGGUGUUGGAGGUUGAGCUCCUGGAGUGGUACGAGCCCAAGACACACAAUCAUCGCUGGCCGACAGAGGAGGCCGAGGCGGCCGAGCGCAACCUUGCCGAGCAGGUCUGGAGGGUGAAGAAGCAGCAGGAGACUGGGCGGAAGCUCACGCCCGAAGAAAAGGAGCAAGACGACCAGGCGGUCGCCGCGCACGAGACCUUCAAGCGCAGGUUUGAAGAACGGCAAGACGAGCUCAUCAAGGAUGCCCCGCGCAAGAAACAGCGUCCGUCCAAGCACUCCGCCAUGAUGUCCGGCGCUCUCGGCCAGCUGCCCCAGCCCGUCUACUCCAGCAAGGGCAAGAACCUCGUCCCUCCGACACCCGACGAAAGCACCCCUCCGCCGUGGAGCGACGAAGGGCCCCCUGCCGCCAGGAUUCGGCUCAAGGUGACGUCGGGCUUCUACGUCCGAAGCUUCUGCCACGAUCUUGGCACCAAGCUGGGAUCUGCGGGCCUCAUGGCAGAGCUUGCCCGUGUUCGCCAGAGCGACUUUACCAUCGGCGGGACAAACUGUCUCGAAUACGAUGACUUGGCCAAGGGAGAAGAAGUCUGGGGUCCCAAGGUCGCCGACAUGCUCGCACGUUGGAAUGGAGAGCCCGAAGGAAACUGGCCUGGCCCCAAGGCAGCUUUCAAGGCGACGAACCAAGCUACCGAGAAAGCCGAAGCGCAGAAGAGGCAAGAGAAGAAGAGCACCAGCCCAGGCAACGGAGAGAAGCCAUCGCGACAGACAAACGGUACCAAGACGCCGACCAAGUCUGACGACGAAAAGUCUUGGAACGGCUUUGAUGAUUAA